AUGAUAUGUUGGUAUGCUAGCCCCGCCUUCUCGCGUGUCGUGUCAACACAGUGUAACAUGGCAACGUCAGGGAGCAGACUGGCAGCGUUCAGAGAGAGGAAACGAGAAGAGAAAAAGGCAGAAUUAAAAAAGAAAACAGUCAAAGAGGACACCAAACUUGAAGGACCCCGGAGGUAUUUCCAGGCUGCAUCAGAGUCGACAUUCAAAGAGCCAGCUUUCAUGGGUUUGCCAUCAGGGAGUAGAUUCUUUAAUCUGCUAACGGCGCAAGAGAUACGGGAUUUGAGGACUGUCUUCGAUGCUUUCGAUAGCAAAUCAUUGGGUACAAUCAAUGAACGUGAGAUGCACACAGCAAUGACAGCACUUGGAUUUAUGAUAUCACAACAGCAACUAGGAGAGGCAAUAACUGACUUGGGGAUUCGAAACAGGAAAAUACAAUUCAACGAUUUCCUAUCAAUUGUCAUCGAUCGACAAGCAGAUGCGAGAGACACUCACGACGAAAUCAUGCAGGUUUUCCAAAUACUCGAUAAGAGUGGAUCAGGAGUGAUAACACUGGACGAUCUAAAGCAAGCAUGCAGAGACUCGGGAGAGACACUGACAGAGAAGGAACUAAGUGACAUGAUCUAUGAGGCAGACACAGAUGGUGACGAUGCAGUCAGCCGAGCCGAAUUUUUACAGAUUAUGCUAAAGACGAAUCUAUUUCAAUAGAUCCGAGUUUUCAGCAGCACAUGCUCUAGUCAAAGCAGAUCGAGGCUAAUUUUUAUCGACUCUAAAAUUUAAUAAAUUGUUUGUUAUUUAAUCCGUUUUGUUCUAUUGAUAAUACAACUCCAGAUUCAUUCCAUCGUGGAUCUCGUA